CCCUCCCCAUUCAUGCCACGAGUUUCAUCGAGCAACUUGAUUCCUCUUAAGCUUAAGCUUCCCAUAUCUGUUCAUCUCUGAGAGCUUUGAUUUAAACUCCCCUCAUUUAUUAUUUUCAAAGUACGAGUACUACCCAUCCCAAUAUCUGCCAUCCUCAUUUACCUUCCAUCUUCAUCAACUCAUAAACCCAAAUAAAGCAAGCUCAUUCCUUCAAAAUGGCAACUGUCAAGACAAUCCCCCCUGGAGCAACUUUCAUCGAUACUCUCGAUAAAUCAUUCGUCGAUGUCCCCGUCAACAAGGAGAAGGACAAUGCGAUUUCCACGACUGAGUUUCUCCAAGCUGCCGAUUCUCUCACUACUCUCUUUGGUACUUUCCCUUCAGCCUGUGUCCCUCUCGAGCAUUAAAUUAACCAAUUGCAGAUGUAAUGGGAUCCGUAGCCUUCAACCCCGUUAAGAACGACAUGGGUGGUAACAUCAAGGUAUGUUUAUAUAUACAUAUAUAGCCCUUGAGACAAAAGACAAAAGAAACAAUGUACUAAGAAAACCUGCAGAAACUCCGCGAGAGACAACUCGCUGCACCAGCAGAAUCAGAGACUCUUCAAGAAUUAGUCAUUAAUGAGCUCAAGACCAAGAAGCACACCGCUACCGAAGGUUUAGUCUGGUUGGUUCGGUAUGUGAUCUUUUACAUUUAUACAUUUCUACAAAAUCACGAUAUUCCAUAUUCCCAAUCAUCCACCCACAUAGUUAUAUAAAAGACAAACGCCCUCCACCCCUCAAUACCAAAGCUAACACCCCAAACCCCCACAGCGGUCUAGACUUCACCUGUAUUGCACUCUCGCAGAACCUCGCCGCCCCCUCAGACGAACUCUCCGUAUCCUUCCGUAACGCCUACGGCGAAACACUCAAGCCCCACCACUCCUUCAUGGUAAAACCUAUAUUCAGCGCCGCCAUGUCAGCGUGCCCCUACCGAAAAGAUUUCUACGUCAAGCUUGGAGAUGACAAUUCCAAGGUUGAGGCUGCGUUGAGAGUUUGGUUGGGUGCGUUGGAGAAUUUGAUUGCUAUCUUGAAAGGAUUCUUGGACAGAAAGGAGGCUAAGUGGUAGAUGAGAUGUGCGGGGGAUAUCGAAUUCAUGGGGUAACAGGACGCUGAUUUUGGCAUGAGUGAGUGAGCAAGUGAGCAAGCGACUAAAUAUUUUGGACGACUCGAUAUGAGGAUAUAGCGUUUACAUUUUUGGGGAAUUAGCAAAAAAUUCCAAGGAAGAGAAUAUGAACUGAACUGUGUAGACAUGACAGAGAGAAAGAAACAAU